AUGUCUAAUCAUAAUCAAUUGUCAUAUUCCUCGCUGGAGGAAACAAGACGGAUACUGUCACUGAUUCUCAGUCUGGUGACGUUGCCAAAAGAAGUCGUGGCAACACUGCAGAAUCACACGUCAUUCGCGGCCGACAGCGACUUCCCAUACUUUCCCAUACCUUUCAAAGAGACCGAGACGGCGGGAGCCCUCAAAGCCAUCGAGGCAGCAUUUGCACUGGCACUGCAAAACACCAAGACACACCAGCAGCAGAUGCAAAAGCCUGACCAGAUUGUAAUCAAUCUAGAGAAAACGACUGCGUUCCUUUUCCAGGCUUACUUGGCCAAGGUUGGGACAUACGGCAAGCUCGACAGCGAAGUGAAAUACUACCUCAAGGAUACCGAUCUCCUGCAGGCCCAGUCGGACCAAUAUCGCCGUAUGUCGGCGAACCUGUACGAGACACGAGAUCCCGGCCAAUACUACCACAUCCAUGGCUCGCUGGAGGCAUCGACGACGUUGCGGAUGAUUGGCCUAGAGCCGUUCCGCCCGGAUCUCAAGUCACACGAGGCCAUUGUUGACGCGAUCGAGUCUCAGACAAAGCAGUUCUCCAUUGCUGAACUCGAAGUCCUGAAUGCAAAAAACAAGCAGGCUGGCGUUCCUGUUUUCAAGUACGAAGAGUUUUUGCAAACGCCACAUGGUAAAUCAAAUGUCGAUCUGGCGCCUUGGAAGGUGGCCAGCCUUGAGUCGACGACGGCACCCCGGCCGCUACCGUCAGGCCCGGACGAGAGACGCCCCCUUUCCGGUAUCAAGGUUCUCGAGCUUUGCCGCAUCAUUGCAGGACCCAUCGUCGGUCGCAUCUUGGGCGAGUACGGCGCAGAUGUACUAAAGAUCACUAGCCCAAACUUGAGCGAUGUGCCCUUUUUCCAGGUCGACGGAAACAUGGGCAAACACGCAGCCGAACUCGAUCUCAAAACGCCCGAGGGACGGAAGGUUUUCGAAAAGGUUGCAUUGGAGGCGGACGUGAUUUUGGAUGGCUACCGUCCUGGCGCAUUGGAAAAGCUAGGUUUCGGACCCACGUAUAUGACUGCAUUGGCCCAGAAGCGCGGCUAUGGCAUCGUUUAUGUCAACGAGAACUGCUUUGGCUACGAGGGCGAGUGGGCGUCGCGGCCUGGCUGGCAGCAGAUUGCCGACUGUGUCACGGGCGUUGCCUGGGCACAGGGCCGAUUUAUGGGACUGAACGAGCCGGUUGUGCCUCCGUUUCCAAUUUCCGACUACGGCACGGGCUGCAUGGGCGCCAUUGCUGCGCUCACAGGUCUGUACAACCGUGCCACCGUUGGCGGUUCCUGGCACGGCAAGGCGUCGCUCGUGCAGUAUGACCUGCUUCUGUUCAAGGCAGGACUAUUGCCGGAGGACGUGCAGGCCAAGCUGCGCGCCGCGGCCGGAGAGGAGUUUAUGGGCAUGACCCAUAGCCACAGCGUGGACCAAAUCUCAGGCAACGCGCUGCUGGGGUUGCGUCGGCAGCACCCGCGCCUCUUCGACGACCCGAACAUUCUUGAGGUGUGGUCGUCCAGGGCCUACGGACACGACGUGACGGUAGUCAAGCCCGUGGCACAUAUCGACGGGCUCGAACUGGGUUUUCAGCGCGCGUCCCGGCCCAAUGGCAGCGAUGAUGCAAACUGGACAUCGUUUGCAAAUGACGAUUGUGAUUACCUUAAGACUACGGCGGCCAUUUAG